CAGGGCUCCGCCCCACUAGCGACAGCUAGCGCCGCGCGCGGGCAGGGGGCCACGGGGCCCGGGCGGCGCGGCCGCGGGAGGGGGUAUAUGGCGGCGGUUUUGUCGGCCCUGGCUGCAAGGCUCUCCCAGUCGGCCGCGGCCCGGUCUUACGGGGUGUUCUGCAAGGGGCUGACCAGGACCCUGCUCAUCUUCUUCGACCUGGCCUGGAAGCUCCGCAUCAACUUCCCCUACCUCUACAUCGUCGCCUCCAUGAUGCUCAACGUGCGGCUGCAGGUCCAUAUUGAGAUCCACUGACUUGUGACUUUGUGUGCUGCUUGCAACUAGAGACAGUCACACUCUUCCAAGUUCAGCCUGUCGUGAGACAGCAAAGCUGUGCUCGUCUUCUCUAGGACUAUGAAGAAAGAAGACUUACACCAGAAACGAGUUCAUUACAAUGGCCGAGGUCAUCACAAGGCAGCGCUUCACCUGACACUUGUGCAUUCCAUGUUGAACAGUUCUCAAAAUCCCAGUAGCAGUUUACAGUUGUUACUUUAUUUUAACACCAGGAAUUGUUCUCUCUUCAACACUAUACCUCUGCUUUCUACUGGCAAGGAAAUGCCUCUAGGUCGGAGUGAAUCAGCAGGGAGGAACUCAAGUGCAGCUGCUCCUUGGAAGGAUUCAUUUCAUCUGUUUUUUUCUUCUGGGAAAGACAGCCUCGAUAGUAACAAUAUUUCAGUACCAGGCUGGUUUGAGGAAGCCUGUAGUUUUGCUGGAGACUUCGGGUCAUGCUGUCCAGGAGAGAACUUUGUAUGUUUUGCACACUUCUGGCUGGGAAAUUUGCAGUCUAAUAAAAAUGUGCAGUUUCUGGAAUUAGAAAUAAGCAGUAGCAAAGAUAAUGAAUUGCAGCUUGGAUUUCUUAAAGAGUUCGGUCUUGGUGGAAUUCCUGAUCUCUGUUCUAUCCAACUUGCCCCACUGAAUGAAUAUGUUAUGGGACUUCUAAACAACGAGAAACUGUGUUUUUUCCUUUGUUACUUAAACCUUGUAUCUUCAGAGCAAAUACUUGGAUACAAGCAAAUGCUUUCAAAUAUACAAUAUGUGACUAACAAUAUUCACAUCGUACAGCUAGUAAUUUGGGUGCUAGCUUUUGCACUAGCAGGUCUCCGGUAUGCAGUAGUGAAGGUAAAAAAGUACUAGAUUUUAAUAGUUACUAUUUUUAACAUUAAUAGAAAACUAACGGAGACAAGGUUACAGUGAGUUUCAGUGAGAAGUAUCUAAAGUAAAAAUUAUAUUGUGUAAUUGCUAGUAAAACUGGCUGUUGCAAAAAUAGGGACUUUUUUUUUUUUGGUAAGGAAUAUCUGCAUCUGAGUGGAAAGAACUUGUUAAUCUCAAAACUCUUUGUGACUUCUGCAGGUCUGCCAUUAACACUAGACUAGAACCCAAUCUGAUUGUUUACCACAGAUCCUUUGUUUUCUUUAGGGUUUGUAUUAGCAGAGUAUUCUGGCUGCUAUUUACAACCAUUUUGACUGAAACUGUUUCUGGUAGAAUUAAAUUCCUUCUCUGAAUCCAGCACUAACUAAUGUACCAGUCCUUAAAAUACUUUAAACUGGAAAGCUGUUGGGGGGGGGUGUGGUGAUCUCCAACACAGUAUAAUUCUCAUCAGUGUUCCUUUUCAAGGAUGGUACUGCUCUAAUUUAAACUAUCUCAUGAGUUUUAUUGCGUGACAAUAGAUGCUAUAAACAACUUUUUAAAAGAAUGUUUUCUUUCCUUGAAAAAGUGAUUGUUAUCACUGAAGCACAGUAAUAAUUUCUGGGCCUGUUGACUUUGGCUUUGGGACAAACUUCCGACAACGGGGUUUGGCAAAGAAUGGAGAAAGAAUGUUGGAAUCAAUAGAGCAGCUUGUGAAAAGGAAUUGCGGGAAUAGGCUUCCACCAGCAUGUAGUUGGAGAAGUUCAUUGUGCAGUAGGUCAGAGUUUGAACUCUGUUUCCAAAAUUCUCAAUAAAAGAGUUGGUGUAGGUGGGCUUACCUAAAGAGGGAGGGUUUGAUAUGGUUAGGAUGCAUUUUCAGCUCACUCUUCACUCCUGAGUUAAAAGUAAGGACUUAAUGCAGGGUAAAGUCAUGCCAGUGAUUCACACACCAAGUAUCCUUUUUGCUAGCUAGCUUGUUUCCUUCCUUUUGGAAAGAGAGUAAGUGAUGUUGCAUUUAUUUUGAACUGAAUUCACCUGGAAAGCCAGUAGGGUUUCUAAUGUGGUGUUUGCACACUGAGUCCUUGAUGAUGAAGAAGAGAUGAUGGUUAUGAGUGUUAUGAAGAGAAAUGUUGGAAUUUUUUGAGUCCUGAAAGUAAGGUAUGCUACUUCUUAUGUUAAAUGAUAUGUUAUGUUUUAAUUGUCACCAUCAGUUGGCUUUUCAUCUGGAUGUUAGAAGAGAUAAGAAGCCAUUUAUCUUAAUUUAAAAGUAACUUUUUCCCUGGUGUAUACUCUUAUUAAUUGUUUAACUUCUAGACUUAACUUCAUCAUUACCUGUUGCAAAAUUACCAAAAACCUCAAAAUAAUAAUGGAUUACAUAUUGUAAGUAAUUAUUUUGACAGCAAGUUUCCUAUUAGUCAAGCCGUUCAUACUAUUCACUCCUAUCUCCACUGCUGCAACUUAUCAUCCUUGCAGUGCUAUUAACAUGAGUGUUUGUAGAUCAGGAUUGCUGAAGCAAUGUGGAUCUGAAACCCCAGAAACAAAGACAUUCGUCCAAAAGUCUGGCUUAUUUGACUUACAGUGUUAAGCUGUUGUCUGCAUACAACAGAUAACAAAAAAACACUUGGCAGAGCUGACAGUAGAGAAAUGAAGGUGGUGAGGGGUUGGAGCCUGUUUACUAUGGGUUGAUUGAUAAAGAAAACAUUGUGCAAUUGCAUCCUGAUCUCUAGAACUAGCUAUACAGGUAAAGAAAUAUCAUUUUCCCAUAUAGUCAGCUUUUUUUAAGUUGCAUAUAAACACAGUCCUGGAUCCACAACUGAGUGCUGUGCUAUAUAAAUAACUGACUAGCAUGGCUGUACCUGUAAUUGUUACCGAAGACCUUAUUUGUUCAGCUGAAUGGUUUGGCCUGGAAGAUUCUGUGCUCUACUGUACAUAAACUUGGUGGUGAUAUUGUCAGAUUAACAGGCAAGAGGAGUAGCUAAAGGUGUGAAAGCAUGAAUCCAGCAUUUAAUACCCCUAUUCUUUGUGCUGAUUUUAAAGGGGCGGCUGGAACAAAACUACAUGUAAAUUAGAACUUAAACACAUGUACAGCAGGGUGUGAAGGGUUGUCUCUAUCAAUGACAAGCUGUGCAGGAGAGGAUCUUGGAACGUUGAACCAUUGCGUUAUCACAGUCCAACUAAUACAAUUCUGUUUUAAGCCAAAUUUGCUUUGAGUGGCCUUUAAUCACUUACUACAGGGCUACUUUAAUACAGAUACAGUACAGCUAAGCAAAAUGAUUGAUAUUUUUUUGGAUGUAUUGUAUGUAUAUUAAACAUAAGUUAUAAAGAAUACGCCUUAGGUGAGUGGAUUUAAUCCAUUUUAAGAUAGUUUAUGUACUUUGCCUUGAAUUUUAUUGCUUAAAACCUAAAAGGUAACUUUCUAACUUGAACAUUCCGUCUGAAAUUCAAGUAUAGUUUGGUAGGUUAAAAUCUCAGAUAAUAUACUGCACUUUAAGCUUUGGGAGGCCAUAAAUUGAAAGCACUGUUCUUGCACUAAUAGAGCUGUUGGACUGGUGGUGACAGCACUCAAAUGGGUUUUACUGUCUGGGGGGAGAAUAGUGAACCAGCAGGAUGGCAGUCCUUUGAAACUAUACAUAAGUCAAAUGCUGUAUGGUUUAGGCCACUGUUCUCUUCCUAAAAGUGUUUUAAUAUUAACUCAUCUCAAAAGAUGGAAGGUGUCUCAGUUAAGAACCAGUUUGUAUGGACCGUCAUAGCUUCAAUUAGUGAGAUGUGGAAAGCUUUCUGAGGAAGUGUGCUGUUAGACUGUCUUGGAUGAUUGUUACAGUACAGAAGAAUAACAUUUUUAGGAGGGGUAAAGGACCUUUAUACUGAACCGGGAGUUGCCUUCGUAUUUCCAGUUCCCCUCUUGUCUUGCUCUACUGUUGGUGUUGGAAAGAGGUAUUUCUAAGCAAAAUGUUAGGGCUCUACUAAACAACUCAUACU